CUUUCCCCUUUGCUCUGUGUCGCUUGGAAGUUGUCUGUCUGCAGGACCACUUGUUGCUGUGCUUUUGCGCAUUCGGCUUCAGUAUGUCCCAAUCUCCACCCGCAGACCCCGAGCAGCCACACAUUGUUUCCCUUGUGUUGCACGCGAAGAAGGCGCUGCUGCAAGGCCAGCAACUAUGCACUCGCGCAAGCACGAUUUCCUCAGCUUCUGCACAGACAGCAGUGGAUGUUCUUGCGCUGGACGCACAGGUCAGAUGGAUGUCGGAAGCAGUACUCGACCAGCUCAAGCUUGCUGCUCAAGUCGCGAAGAGCAUUGAGCAGAAGCGCACGGAGCUGGAGAGGCAAGUCAAGGAGUGGGACAACAUCCGCAAUCAACGCACCGACGCGCUCGACGCCGUCCUCGAGUCUCUCGGCACCCAGUCCGUCCCGCCCGACUUCCACACCGUCUCCUCCGACUCUUCGCCCUUCGGGAGCCAGAACAACUCGGACGAUGAGCGCGACGAGGAACGUCACCCGGAAGACGAUACUACGCCCUUCGGUCCUCCCCCGCCCCCGAGUUCGAGUCCAACAGACACCAUCCGCAACCGAUCCCCGGUGGUCAGGAGGCAUGAGAAGGAGAAGAAGAGCCGGAGAGAGGACCGGCGCAAGUGGAAGACGUUGCGGGACUUCGUGAACGAGCGGGCGAUAGAGGACUUGCUGGACACGAUCGAGAAGGACAGGCUGGAGCUUGACGACAUCCUUGCGACGACGUCUGACUACCCAGAAUCGCUGUCCAAGACGAUUGGAGCCAUCAAGGACAUGGUCCCCGUCGAGGUGCCGCUGCCGUCCUUUGACGCGAUCUUCGCUUCGCAGGAGGGAACCUCGGCCAAGAUGGCGGAGCAGCUGGAGUCUUUGGCGCACCAUUACGACAACAUGUCGAAUGCGCUGCAUGACUUUGAGGCUGGGGAAGAAUUCAGCGAGGAAGACGUGCAAGGUAUGAACGAAGAUGCCGACGCAUUGCCGGUCAUCAUUACGGAGCUGGAGGAGGGCGUGAAGACAAUCGACGAAUGGCACCAACAGCUCCUAACCGCGAAGGAAUCUGCGCAAGAACACCUGAAGGCUCACCGGAAUACGCUCCGAGACCUCGAUGAACUAGGUGACAUCAUGACCGAGAUGCUCGAACGCCAGCAGACCGUCGAGACCGAGAGCAUCGAACACAUCUCCUAUCUGCACGCGCAGCUCCAGCCGCUUGAGGAGCUGCACCACAAGUACACCUCGUACCAAUACGCGUACGGCAAGCUCGUUCUCGAGCUCGCGCGGCGCCAGCGGUACCGCGAGGCCGCGCAGCGCAUCAUCGCGACCAUGACCGCGCAGCUAGACGCCAUGGCCGAAGAGGAGCGAAUAUUGCGCCAGGAAUUCCAGGCCGAACACGGGCAGUACAUCCCGGAGGACUUUUGUUUGUACGUCGAGAAUCUGCCGAACCGCUGGAUGAUCUCGACCUGGAACGGCGAGCCGCUCGAGAUGCUCCCAUUAAUCGACGUCGAUAUCAUCGAGGAGGCAAAGCAGCGUACGAUGGGAGUAGAUAUCGGCGUCGGUGCUAGCCAGAGUCUAUGAUAUG